UCUGCAGGACCGGCAGCAUCACCCACACCUGAGGAUCUGAACCCCACUUACCCUGACCGGGUGCCGCAGAACCAGCUGUUUGCUUCUUCUUCACCUUGUGUCCAUGCCGACUCCGUGAUCACACCAUCAGCGCGAUGUUGGAAUUAACUAAGCUGCCACUACUGCUGUCUUUUCUGGCCUCAGUGGCACUGGGUCAAGGAUUACUAAGGACCAGGACCCCAUCAGACAGGAGCAAAAGAUUGGUUUUCAAUACAUUCACGGACUCACAAACAACAGGUGUGACUGAGUGGACGUCUUGGUUUAACAUCGACCAUCCUGGUGGGAAUGGAGACUACGAGCGCCUGGAAGCAAUUCGUUUCUACUACAGAGAGAGGGUUUGUGCUCGGCCCACGGCCAUGGAGGCCCGCACCACAGACUGGGUGGCAGCUGCAGAAACUGGUGAAGUGGUCCACUCCAGUUUGGAGAAGGGCUUCUGGUGCAUCAACAAAGAACAGCCGUACGGUCGAAUCUGUUCCAACUACCAUGUUCGCUUUCAGUGUCCUCCAGUGCAGAGCUACUGGACCGACUGGAGCGAGUGGGGUCCCUGCUCCACCACGGUUUGCAAUGAUGUGGGAAUCCAGGUUCGGCAGAGGAAAUGUGUGAGCGCUCAGCCUAUGCCGCUUUUGUUCGUACCAGCAUGUAUAGGACACCAUGCGGAGAGGAGGGAGUGCUCCACUCCACCAUGCGCGGCCAAGUGGAGUCCUUGGGGCCCCUGGGGGAGUUGUUCAGUAAGUUGUGGUGGAGGUCGCAGGACAAGGAGGAGAACUUGUGUGAGAACCUCAGAGAUGGUGCAAUGUCCAGGACGGCCUGCUGAGGUCCAGAAAUGUGGAAGAAGUCGAUGUCCUGUGACAUGCAAGCUGAAGUGCUCCGAAGGCCAUCCCAGUGAGGACUGCAGCGUUUGUGUGUGUGACGGCCACAUGCUGUUCGGAGACAUCCAGACUGUGACCGGAGUCCCAGUGGCAGGGGCCAGCGUGGCUCUGACCAGCCACCCUAAAGUGAUCCGGACUCUUACGGACGUGAAAGGGCAGUUCACAAUGUCAGGAGUCUGCUCCUCCGGCUCCACCUCCGUUACCAUCAACAAAGAGAAGUUUGUGCCAGUGGUCGCCUCUACUUCCAGUAACGCCACAGGGAUUUCCUGGCUACGGGCUGUCCUCACGUCAGCUGAAAAGCCGUACAUUGUGAAGCACCCAGAGGACAAAGUGCGCUACGAGGGAGGAAGGGCGCUGCUGUGCUGCUCGGCUACAGGAUCACCAGCUCCAGACAAAUACUACUGGUACCACAAUGGGACAUUGCUGGAUAAGAACAUGUAUAAGUAUGGAAACGACCUUGUGCUACGAGACCUAAAGCUGCAGCAGUCUGGGGAAUACUACUGCAAAACCAGCAACGCUGCAGGCAGCAUCAAGUCGUCCCCGGCUCACCUUACUGUGAUAGCUAACGGAUCACCAGCAUGCAAUGCCACUCCUGAAAUGCACCUCAUCAGAUUACCAAUGGACUGCGUUCAACCUGGCACUCUCUCCAAGUACUACAAUGCUGGUCGAUGCCCUCACAACAAAUGCCCGGGAUCCCUCGACUUUGACAUGCGGUGCAGAGACGGAACUGGAUUCUGCUGUGGUGUCCAGGAAAUGGAGAGUCGAAACAUUGACUGUGGUACCUACAAACUCCCCAUACGAGCGGUGAAACAGUGCAGUUGUCAGAAGUGUGUGCAACCUACCGUGCUGGUUCGUGGCCGAGUUGUGGCAGCUGACAAUGAUGAGCCUCUGCGAUUUGGGCAUAUUUACAUUGGUAAAGAUAGAGUAGGCACAACAGGAUAUCAGGGAGGGUUUACGUUGCAAAUUACUCCAGAUACACAAAGAUUGGUGGUAAAUUUUGUUGAUCCUACUCAAACGUACAUUGACACUCCGAAGGUGUUCAUUUUUGACAAGAAAAGUGGCUCCAUCUACCAUAAUGUGAAAGUGAUGAGAAAGCAGACACCAGUUGAUAUAAAUCCACGAGAGACCAAUUUUAUAGACCUUGGGGAAAUUAAAGGGGAAGAUCCAAUAGGGCAACUGGUCAUUCCACCCCACUCCUUCCACAAAGACAACGGAGAAAUCUAUGAGGGGACAGUGAAAGCCAGCGUCACAUUUAUAGAUCCAAGAAACAUUACCACAGCAGCAGCAGCCCCUGGUGACCUCAAUUUUGUGGAUGAAGAGGGUGACAUGCUGCCAUUAAGGACUUAUGGCAUGUUUUCAGUUGACUUUAGAGAUGAGACCAGCAAGGAGGUUCUUGGGACGGGGGCAGUCCAGGUUCUCCUUGACACGCAGCAUGUUAAAAUGCAAGAGCACAUUCCCACAAUGAAGCUGUGGUCUUUGAACCCAGAUACUGGUGUCUGGGAGGAGGAGAGUGAUUUCUCCUACAGCACGACAACUACUGGUGGUCAUGGACGAAGCAAGCGUGAGGAGCGCACCUUUCUAAUAGGCAACAUGGAGAUUAGAGAGCGUAGGCUGUUCAAUUUAGACGUGCCUGAAAACAGACGCUGUUAUGUUAAAGUGCGUGCCUACAUGAGUGAAAAGUUCCUUCCUGCUGAACAAUUGGAAGGAGUUGUUGUCAGUUUGAUUAACCUGGAGCCCAAACCUGGUUAUUCAUCUAAUCCCAGGGCAUGGGGUCGGUUUGACAGCGUCUUAACUGGACCCAAUGGGGCUUGUUUGCCUGCUUUUUGUGAUGCCAUGAGACCAGAUGCUUACACUGCUUAUGUCACAGCCAUACUAGGUGGAGAGGAGCUGGAAGCAGCUCCGUCUUCCCCUAAGAUGAAUCCAAACAUCAUUGGAGUUUCCCAACCUUAUCUAGAUAAGUUAGACUACCAGCGCUCUGAUCAUGAGGAUCCAGCUCUAAAGAAAACUGCAUUCAGAAUUAAUUUGGCAAAGCCUAACCAGAACAAUUUUGAUGAGACAAACGGACCAAUAUAUCCUUAUCAGAAUUUAUUAGCCUGUGAAAAUGCUCCUGUGGACGCAAACCAUUUCAGAUUUUUCAGAGUGGAAAAGGACAAGUAUGAAUACAAUGUUGUUCCUUUUGAGGAGAAUGACUUGACGACCUGGACGGGAGACUACCUCUCUUGGUGGCCUAACCCCCAAGAGUUUAGAGCAUGCUUCAUCAAAGUCAAGAUUCACGGCCAGAAGGAAGUGAUGGUCCGGUCAAGGAAUCUAGGAGGAACACAUCCAGAGACGAGGGGCAAACUUUAUGGCAUUAGAGACAUUCGCAGUACCCGUGACAUGCGAGAGGCUAACACCUCAGCUGCAUGUGUUGAGUUCAAAUGUAGUGGCAUGUUGUUUGAUCAAGCAGAGGUGGACAGAUCACUCAUAUCGCUGAUUCCACAAAGUAGCUGUCGAAGGAUUAGUACCAAUGGCCUUCUACAGGAGUAUCUCAUUAAACAUCCACCAGUUGCUCAAAACAACGAAUCACAUGCAUUCACCAUGUUAGCUCCCGUUGAUCCAUUAGGACACAACUAUGGCAUCUACACAGUCACAGACCAGAAUCCCAGAGUUGCCAAAGAGAUCGCCAUUGGCCGUUGCUUUGAUGGCACCUCCGAUGGUUUCUCAAGAGAGAUGAAGUCAGACUUUGGGGUGGCCCUGACCUUUAGCUGUCCAGAGAAAAAAAUUAACAGAGAAAGCCUCUUCCAGCGUCUGCAGACCAAUCCGGGUCAAACAUUGUCUCAGAUGGCAAGGGACAUGAGGGAAAUGGAGGGUCUGCAGGUGCAGAGAUCAUCAACCCAGGUUGUGGCUUUUCCUUCGGAGCAGCGGGGAAGGACCCAAAGUCGGCGAGCGAGUUCUGUAAUCAGAAGGAGAGCAUUCAUGCGAGCACAACAGCGCCAAUAGAUGUGUUAUGAAGUAGGUUAUCUAUGUUUACCAUGAUGGUAAUGUUGAAAUGGUCAAUGCCUUCUUUUUUUUUUUUUAAUUCCUUGGACACUAGUGAAGACUAAUUUGAAGGCCCUACAUCUAGACAGUAACGGUUGCCUGUCUAAUCAAAAGAAUGACUUGCUUCCUGACAGAAAAAAACAAAACAAAUCUAAAGACUGAAACAUACGGGCAAAAUCUAGUGUAGACAAUUUGUCUUACAGUAACUUGAAUGUUUUGGUUGAUUAAUUUUGUUGCAUUUCUCUUAUAAAAGGUAAAUAUCACUUGACUCUCCAUAACUCAGUGCCUUGUAUUUAUUUUUAGCCUGUGUUCUAAUUUUAUGAAUGAAUAUGCAAUAUUAACAGUGGUCCUAAGAACUUUUUAUGGGGUGUAUAUGUGGGAUUUUAUUUCACAGACAUCUUUCAAUGCUUGAUCUAAAACCAAACUUUCAAAUAUAAAUACUUUAGUAAACCAAAAUGCUUUAUAACUGUAAGCUGCCAAUGAACUCAUACUUUCAAGAUCCAACAUAAGGUCUUUGCUGACAGACUCUGGGCCUGUUUUCCACAAAUUUGUAAACUCUUUCCACCGACAGAAGGUCAGUUCAAAUCAGUGUGGUUUGGCAGGCCAAGAUGGAUCAUUUUAGACAUAUUCAAUAACGUUUCACCAAUGGUAAUUCAGCCAAAUGUUUGUCCCCACCUACUACAAAUGUGCCAGACCACAGCUGUCACUUAGACAAACAUGGAUGUCAUUUGAGGCAAAUUUAUGCGAGGAAAAUAAAUUAUUGCUGAAGUAUGAAAUCAUUUCCUAUGCACAUUCCAGAUAAACAUACAAACAAACUAAAUAUAAUCUAAACAACGAAUUUGUAUUUCUUUCCUCUUACAGUAAAAGACUUAAAUGGGUUUUGGAUGGUCUUUGAUUUGUUGGGAUAAUCUAUUCAAGCUGUUUUUGAGCUAUCCUAAUGUUUGAAGUGUGAUAGUGACAACGAAACAUCAAAACUGGAAAAAAAUCACCAUGUUUUAAAUUACAGCACACUGUGUUAAGUUAGUAGGUAAAUGAAACCACUCCAAGAGAAUGAUUAAAAGUUAAGGAAACUCAUAUCAAAUAACUGGGCAAUUAAACCAAUUAAAUGAAGCACAAUAUUUUGUUUAUUCGGUUUGUUUUUGUCAGCUUUGAAUCCAAGUAUUUUUCUUACAGCUUUCUUAAGUCAACAAACAGUUUGAGAACAGCAAAAACUCAAUAUGAAAGGUUUUUCAUUGUAAUUCAUUGUCUUUUUUCUUAAUUAGAAUAACUAAACUACAUUGAAAAAUGUUGUGAACCAACUAAUCCACAAACCAAAUCAAAUUAAAAUGUGCCAGCGGUCGCACAGCUUUAAAAUAAUCUUAGUACUACGAGCAAGACAUGAAUGUUCUGGAGAUCAACGCUGUCAAAAAUGUGACUAUGCUUCUGUAAAUACAAGUUUUUCCAGAGGUUAAUAGAAAGGGUUCAAAUAAAUGUUAACAUACUAUUACUUAAUAAACAGAUGCCCAACUUUUCUCUAAACUGAUCCACCUUUUAGUUGUGUUUUAUUUUUUGAGAUAUGGCUAUUUCACUUGUCGGCAGAAAUAAAUUAUUGAACCUUUAACUCUAAACCUGCCAGGGAUAUUAAUACUUUUCAUUGUAUGAAUGACAUUAUAUUUAAAGAUGUAAUAAGAGUGGAACUUUGUAUCAACAAAUACAUUUUCCUAUGUGACUGUGAUCAGUAUCAGGGACAAAAAUAUGGAAUAUUCAUAUAAACAAGCGAUGAAAUAGUUUUAUAGUUACAGAGCAAUUAUUCGUGGUUCACAAAAAAAUAAAAAAUAAAGCUCUGAACUGCAGCUCAGGCCUGUUGGUCAGCUGAGUGGGAUUUCUUCAACGGAGCUUCUUGAAGGAUAUAUUAGCUUUGAAAUAGCUAGCUUAAUAGCAAGAAGUGUGUCUAUACAGCUUGGCAAAACUUGCAUUAUACUUAUUUCACAUAAAGGAUGUUUUACUCUUAGUCUUUUUGAAUUUGCCAAUAUGUUCAUUGUUUUGUCCACCUGAAUCUCUUGGUUUUUUGCAUCAGAGUUUCAUUUCAUAGGUAAGGCUCACAAUUCUCAGUAGACCAUUUCUUUGUUUAAGAAGCACAUUGCAUUGCUGAAGCAAAAUUCACAUUAGCCAUGGUGUGAGUGAAUACUGUGCAAAACAAACACUUUUGGAGGCUUUGGGCAUGGAAGCUUUUUAACAAAUAUUUUUUUUUAACUUGAAGUCAUUAUUAGUCUUAAAAUUACAUGGAAAUACAAGCCCAGAACUUGUUUAUCAUUAGUCUAGCCUUUUGUAAGCCCAUGGGAUAAUCUAUUCAAGCUGAACUAAUUUGCAUCCAAAUAGAAAUGGGAGCACCAUUGCCCUUGGGGAAACAGGAAGAAGUCGACAAGUAAAUACAGGCUUAAUGUUAAUUAGAAACUAGGGCUGGCCUGAGGUCUAGUGCAAAGGUUGUACUUUUGCAAACUUCAAAACACAGUAAUUUUCUGCAAACUGACUCAAACUCAACUUUAUGGGCCAGAAUAUUAUGAUUAAUGAUCACACCACACAAGUGCUAACCAGCACACUAAGCACUUGUUUGUUGUCAUGCUAUGCAACAGAUUAAUAUAAAAUGCUUUGAAAAUGGCCUAUAAAGAGUCUUAUCUAAAUUGCAACCAUGUAAACCUAGAGAUACAUUUGGCAGCACUUUUCAGAUAGCCCUCGUUUCCAGAAAGGCACUCACAGUGACAGUCUGGGGCAUCUUUGCCAUUAUCACCACUCUCGCUAACCACAAACCUUCUUGCAGAAAGAUGUUAAGACCUCCAGAUAAAGACAACAAUCUCCCAGAUCCAGAUGCUCGGUUCACCCAGUAACAAAGAUGAUAAUUGAAUCCAUGUGUCAAAAGAGAAAAGUCUUCUAAUGCACUGGUGUGUCAGGUCAGUUGAGGCCGCUCAACAGAUGUACUGCAAAUAAAGGAAAUGUCAAACAUUAGACUUCAAAAAAGAAAAUAUAAGUGAGAUUAUCUCCUGAUGGAUUCAAUCAUCUCGUUCGCUUAUUGGAAAGGGGAAUGUCGUCUUUGGUCUCACUGUCUGUCACUAAAAGGAUCCUGAUUUUGAAAAAGUGGUUGCAGCUGAAGAAUGCAGCUGUUUUUUUUUUCCUGAAAAUGCUUUGAAAGGAGAAUUUGCUUUGUCAAAAGAAACUAUCCUGGAAAAAGUCAACUGUGUUCUCCAGCUGGUCCUUAAGUCUUGACAGAAUGUAAACAAGUUUAAGGGACAUUUGCAAUGCUUGUCUUUAAUGGUGUGAGAAUGUUUCAAAUGAAUGAAGUGAGCCUCUUCACACUAACUGGAUAAUUUGCAAAACCAACUCAUGUGUGUUGCGCUUACAUAUCUCAUGUACAGCUAGCAGCAUUUUGACUAAAAAGAAAAAUAGAUUUUUUUAAGCAAUUCACUAGUUUUUGGGAUGGACUUGACACCCAAUGUUUGGCUGUUGUACUACGGAAAAAAUAAAAAUCCUUAAACUUUUAAAAGAAAUAUGUUAUUUUUGGUUGAGUCAGACUGUGCCACGGCAGUCGACUUUUUUUUACAAUUACUGGUAAACCAAAAAUAUUUUAUAAGUUGCUAUUCAACUCAUAUUUUGAACAUCUGAAAGAAACCAAUUCAAGGUUCUUUCUGACAGACAUUGAGCCUUUUUCCCACAAAUUGGGAAACUCUUUCCACUGAAGAUAAGCUAAAGACAAGUAUGGUAUGACAUGCCAACAUGGAAUAAUUUUAGACAGUGAUUUAACCAAAUGUCCAUCUCCACCUACUUUCAAAACUACAGUAGUAACUUAGACAAGCAUGGACCUCAGUUGUAGCAUAAUGUAUUUGAAGCAAUCAGUCUGGUGGACAAUGUAGGGAGGGAGCCAAAGAUUAAGAUGAAAGCUAUUAAAGUUAUCAACAAAUAAUAGGAAAAAAAUUUUUCCUAUUGUUUAUUGAGAAGGGUAUAUAUAUAUUUUUACGUUUUAUUUUUAAAUGUAAUGCUUUCACAUUGUCUUUCUACCUUGACAGAUUCUUAUCUCAUUUUCAAAUUUAACUUAAAAACAAACUGGAGAUCCUAAUUAUGAAAAAUUGGUUCCAACAAAAAAGAAAUCAAAAGAGAGAUCAAUUUCCAAACUUCUAACAAAACAUUGACAACAGAAGAGAAAAUUCAAGUGUUUGAUCUGCCACUAGUGUAUGAAAAAAAUAUGAAAAAGCCAUCAAAGUGAAAUGGGAGCAUUGCGAUGGUGGAGAUAUGAGGCAUCAUUUAUAUCUCAGUUAUUACCUGAAGAUUUACGUUACCUAUGGCAUUUAAAUAUGCUUGGAAUAUCAUUCAAUGCUUUUGGCAUUUCCAGGUGCUAAUGCUGUGUUUCCUCUGCUAAGGCAAACUGCCAUGUUUAGGCAAUAACCUUUUUUGUCUUUUUCUGUGAAAGCAAACUUCUUGAUAUAGUUUUCCCAGCAAAGCCACUUGGCCAGUGGGACAUAUUGUACUGGAUUUGCUUCAUUAGGUUCACAACUUAUGCAGAACAGAAAACUGGGUUGCAUUUGACAAGGGACUAAGUGUACUUCUCAGAACACGCAAAUAAUCUAUUUUUAAAGGAAAUGCUUUCUUUAGUUGGGUCCGGUUUCAUGAGACCCUCUGGUUCAACCCAGACAUAACAGAAUCAGGUUUCCAAUAAGGAAAUACAUAGUCUCAUGAGAAUUAUCAGUGAAAAGGAAAAUGACUUAGUUUCAGAAUACUCAGACUAUGUUUAUUCUCUGUUGGUUAUGUAUUCCUUUAAGUUUUAAAGCAGAAGUCCUAAAAGUUUGACUCAAGAGCGUAACAGCAAGUAUGAGCAGAUUCAGCUAAUUUCCUCCUUGCAUAGCACAGGUGGUCUCAGUGAGAUCAUAAUUUAUUUAGACGAUAAACCAGGAGCCCUUUCUGCAGUAAAUGAGGCGAAAUGUGUGUUGGUCACAGGGCCCUGGGCAUGGCACAGAAGAAAAAAUAAAUAAACCACUGAAAUCCUGACAGGACUCUGUAUUGUAUAAUUGAUGCAUGAUAAUGCUGACUGCUUUGUUUAUUUCUGAACUACAUUUUAGUAUGUAAAUUGUGUCUUGUAUUGAAUCUACAAUUAAACUAUGAACACAAAACUGUAAAUAAAGGUGUAAAAGGACUAAUGUUUGUCUGAAGGAAGCAUUCAUCACUAGAUGUAAAUUAGUUUUGGUUCAGUUACAAACAGUAGGAACCAGUUGAAGGGAAGUGGUUGCUAUCAGUUCAUUUAGGGAUAUCUGGGCUCCACCUUUCUGAUUUUUGUUUGUGAAACAUCAAAAUAUAUAGCAUGCGCCUUUAGUUUUAAAAUGAUGUACUGCUUUAUUCUGUCCACUAACAUGACAUACUCAUUAAACAUAAUGAAGUUUUUGGCAAAAUGUGAAAAGCUGAGAGGCUUGUCAGUACUUUUGGAAGAUAUCGCAAAUAAAAGGGACAGCUAUUGAAACAUUAUGCAUCUGCAUGAAGUCUGUGAAGAGACAAAUUCUGCCCCUUAAAAGAGUAGUUGUAGUAUUAGAAGAGAUUAUCUCUUUUGUGAUAAAUAUAAGAUAAUGUGCAAAACCCUCAUGAAUUGGUCAGACACAAAUAUAUUCAAAGAUGCAGACAGAGAUAAACAUGAACAUCCUUCCAACACAAAGGAUUCUCUUUUCAAAGGUGCCGAGCGUUUGAAACAUACUGAGCUAAUACUUGGGGAAGAAAAUACUGCAGUUUAUCUUCAGCCACACCUAUAAAAUAAAUCUGGGAAAACAUGAAGUGCUCUAGGAAGCAAUUCAUCCCUGAGAAUUGCAUGCAAAGCACAAUAAAACAAAAAGUGCAUUUCUCUUUCAGUUUCAUAUUUUAGUUACACAGAGAACAUCUUCAGUCCUCCUCUGGGACUGAGUGACAUCAUCCAGUUUCAAAUACUGGAGGCAAAGUGCCAAGUCUUUGGUGUGCACACUCACCUCUGGUUUUUUAGCUAAGCUCCAUGUCACUUAAAGCUCUGUACCAGAAAUAUUCUUUAUUAAAAUUUAAGUGUGUGAUUUUGGUUUAUGUAAAGUGUCACUAACCCAUUUAUACUUACAAAUUUCAAAAUAAAAUGAUUCAAUUCGUUCAA